CUAUCGACGGUCUCAGCCUCGACUUGGAUUUGUUUGUCAAGGUGGGAGAUUUGGAACUGAAGACUGCAAUCAUGCCUCUCCACCUCCUAGGCAAAAAAUCAUGGAACGUCUACAACACCGACAACAUCGAGCGCGUCAAACGCGAUGAAGCCAUUGCCGCAGCCCGCGAGGCUGCCGAAGAAGAGCGCAUGCAAGAGCUCGACGCCGAACGACGCAUGCAAAUACUUCGCGGCGAAGUCCCUACACCUUUACCCAUCACCUCUUCCCAAGAUGACCAGGACUCCCAACCCCGGCGAGAAGAUGGCAGAGAACGUAAAAGGCGCAAGAAAGCCGGGGAGAAUGAUACGGAUUUCGAAAUGCGGGUGGUGAGAGAAGAUGCCAAGCGGUCGGAGCAGACGAGCCAGCUUGUUCUGAGGAAGGAUUCUGGUGCCCCGUUGACGGAUCAUAAGGGGCAUAUUUCUCUGUUCCCGGAAUCUCAGCCCAAGCGUCAAGAGAAGAAUGCGGAAGCGGAAGCUGAGGCUGCGAAGAAGAAGAAGGAGUAUGAAGAUCAGUAUACUAUGCGUUUCUCGAACGCAGCGGGGUUCAAACAGGAUAUUGGGGGUCAACCUUGGUAUUCGAAGGCUGGUCGAGAAGAUGAGACGGAGAGUGAGGUGGUGGUAGGGAAGGAUAUUUGGGGGAAUGAAGAUCCGAGGCGAAAGGAGAGGGAGGUGCAGAGGUUGGUUAGUAGUGAUCCGUUGGCUAUGAUGAAAGCGGGUGCUGCGCAGGUUAGACAUGUUGAGAAGGAGAGGAAGAAAUGGAGGGAGGAGAAAGAGAGGGAAUUGGAAGCGUUGAAGAAGGAAGAUAGGAGGAGGAGGAAACGGAGACGUGAUGAAGAGGAUGAUUUGGAUAGUUUCAGGUUAGAUGACGGUGAAUCGAGGAGGGAGCAUAGAGAUGGGGAUAGGAGUCGGGAAAAGGAGAGGGAGCAUAAGCGAAGAGAUAGUGAUCCGAGGCGAAGCUCAUUUAGGGGAGAUGACAGACAUAAAGACAGACAUAAGUCUAGUCAUAGUCAUAGUCACCGACACAGACAUCAUGAUCGAUGAGCUACUAGUUAUGAUAUCUAAUGCCAUUUCAGAGAUUCAGCAAC